UUCAACACCUCGUCUCCGACAAAUACUAGAAAAAAAAUUAAAAAAAAAAGAUAACGAGGCGUUAACCAUUAAUUCAUGAUACUAGAUAUGGCUGUUGUGAAUUUUGUGUUUGUGUAUAUGAGAAAUGUGAAUAUUUUAGUGUAGUGUUUGGGAUAUAUUUCGCCUGUCUAGUUAUCAGCUCUCACCGUUAUAUGGGACCAAAUUACACCAGGAACAUAAUAGAUAAAUAAUAAAUUAAACCAAUUCAUAAUUACUCAUGUCUCAAUAUUUCCAAAUCCUAGAUUUCGUGGCCAGCAACCUAGUACUAUUCAAGACCUAAUAUAGGGCUAACCUUAGACUGCGAGGUCCACUCUAGGCCCAUUAAAAUCACAAGGCUUUUUAGCUAAUAUCUUCAAGUCAAGGUUCUUAAAGACUUUUCGAUCUCAAGUUCGCCUUAAGUCCAACUGUAGGGGCUUAUUCCUGCUGUAAAACCCGCCCAAAGCCCUGUUUCCAAUCCCUUGGUCUACGUCUAUAGGGUUUGCAAUAAUUUAUUUUUAAUUAGUAAUAGUUUUAUCUUAAUUCCCGACUGCCGAUUUGGUGCUAAUGGAUAAGAACGAAUGGAAUUGCUGACACGCGCUGUACCUUCGAUAGAAAGGGAAAGCUGAUCAACGUGCAAGAUGAGCGUGGCGGAGACCAGCACAGAAGAGCCCCCUGCGCCCCCCGCGCCGCCUGCGCCGGUUGCUGCGGGGGGUCCUGUGACGGCAGCCGCGCCCGACGGCACCGGUCCCCUCAUACUGGUGCCCGUCGCGCCUCGGAAGCCCCCUAGAAGAGGUCCAAAGGUCCAACAGGAGAGGCCCAAACGAGCCCUCUUCUGCUUGACACUUAAGAACCCCUUGAGGAAAUUAUGUAUAGAUAUAGUUGAAUGGAAGCCGUUCGAGUGGAUGAUUCUGACCACAAUCUUCGCUAACUGCAUAGCACUCGCUGUGUACACACCCUACCCUAGUGGCGAUUCUAAUUACACUAAUUCUGUUCUGGAAAAAAUCGAGUACAUAUUCCUGGUGAUAUUCACGGGCGAGUGCGUGAUGAAGAUAAUUGCGUACGGCUUCGUGAUGCACCCCGGCUCCUACCUCAGGAACGGGUGGAAUUUACUUGAUUUCACUAUAGUUGUUAUAGGUAUGGUGAGCACGGUGCUGUCGAGUAUUUUCAAAGACGCGUUUGAUGUGAAGGCGCUCAGAGCGUUCAGAGUUCUCCGGCCCCUGAGGCUCGUCUCUGGAGUACCUAGUCUUCAGAUAGUGUUGAACUCUAUCUUAAAGGCGAUGGUGCCCCUACUGCACAUUGCGCUACUGGUCAUCUUCGUCAUCAUCAUCUACGCUAUUAUCGGCCUCGAGCUCUUCUCCGGCAAGAUGCACAAGUCCUGCUACAAUAAGCUUACAGAUGAGAUAAUGGAGUCUCCACACCCGUGUGAUAAUGACAACGGCUUCAACUGCUCGAGUAUCGGUGAAGAGAUGGAAUGCCGCGAGGGUUGGAUCGGCCCUAACUUCGGCAUCACCAACUUUGAUAACUUCGGCCUGUCCAUGCUCACUGUCUUCCAGUGCAUCACGCUAGAAGGAUGGACUGAUGUUAUGUAUAAUAUACAAGACGCGAUGGGCAACAGUUGGGAAUGGAUAUAUUUUAUAUCGAUGGUGAUACUGGGAGCUUUUUUUGUUAUGAACCUAAUUCUUGGUGUGUUGUCGGGAGAGUUCUCUAAAGAAAGAGAGAAAGCAAAGAACAGAGGUGACUUCCAGAAGCUGAGAGAAAAGCAGCAAUUAGAAGAAGACUUAAAAGGCUACCUGGACUGGAUCACGCAGGCGGAAUACCUGGAGCCGCUGGCAGACCAGCAUGACACUGCUGAUCAGAAGAGGGAUUAUGGAAUGGGUCAGACGACGAGUGAAAACGACUCGACAGAUAACUUGGGCAUCGAGGUGUUGACGGAACAGAAGAAGAAAAUGUCCAUCGGCGAAUGUUGGAAGAAGGAUUUUGAUAAAGUGAACCGUCGCAUGAAGCGUGCGUGUCGGCGCGCGGUGAAGUCGCAGACGUUCUACUGGCUGAUCAUUGUGCUGGUCUUCCUCAACACAGUGGUGCUAGCCAGUGAACAUUAUCACCAGCCCUCGUGGCUAGAUCUGUUUCAAGAGUACGGCAACGCGUUUUUCGUGGCUCUCUUCACACUUGAAAUGUUGGUCAAGAUGUACAGUUUGGGUUUACAAGGUUACUUCGUGUCGUUGUUCAAUCGUUUCGACUGCUUCGUGGUGGUGGGGUCGAUCAGCGAGAUGGUGCUCACCAAGACGGAGGUGAUGCCACCGCUCGGCAUCUCCGUGCUCAGAUGUGUCAGGCUGCUCAGGGUUUUUAAAGUUACCAAGUACUGGCGUUCACUGUCCAACUUAGUGGCAUCAUUGCUGAACUCCAUCCAAUCUAUUGCUUCCCUCCUGCUGCUGCUGUUCCUCUUCAUCAUGAUCUUCGCUCUGCUCGGCAUGCAGGUCUUCGGCGGGAAGUUCAACUACGACCCUGUUGAGGAAAAAGAUCGACAUAACUUUGAUUGUUUCUGGCAAGCGUUGCUUACUGUGUUCCAAAUAUUAACUGGUGAGGACUGGAACGCGGUGAUGUACGAGGGUAUUAAGGCGUAUGGCGGCGUGGGCUCUGUGGGCAUCCUCGCCUGUAUUUACUUUAUUAUUCUCUUCAUCUGCGGUAACUACAUCCUACUGAACGUGUUCUUGGCCAUCGCCGUAGAUAACUUGGCUGAUGCUGAAUCACUCACUAAUAUUGAAAAAGAAGAAGGGCAAGCGGCAGAAGAGAAAGAAGGGGGCAGUAUAAUCGCAGAAGGUGGGCAUGCUGACACGGAUGACGAGUACAUACAUGACGAAGAUGCAUAUACGACUGACAAUUCAGAAAGAGAAUAUGAAGAAACAGGAUCAGAGGGAGAACAACAAGAAGAGAUAGAGGGAGAAGAAGAUAUUGGCCCUGAGGAAGAAAUCGGAGAGGAGAGAUUAGAAGAUGAACAAGAGAGAGACGAACUUGACAUGAUGGAAAGUCAUCAAAGAAAUCAUAUAGUGAACACAGAGUUCGAUGACGAGCCCCGACUGAAACGUAAACCGACCACAUCUUCUGCGCGACCGCGUCGCCUCUCCGAGGUCGAUAUACGCGACUCUAAGAAACCAAUACCAGAUGCAUCUUCGUUCUUCAUAUUUUCCAAAACCAACAGGUUUCGUGUACUUUGCUACAAGUUGUCGGCUUCCUCUACCUUCGGAAACAUCAUCCUCGUGUGCAUCCUCUUCUCCUCCGCCAUGUUGGCUGCAGAGGAUCCAUUGGAUGCUGCACAGAAGGGAUUUAGGAAUUGGUUACUGAGCCAGUUCGACAUGUUCUUCACGGGCAUCUUCACACUGGAGCUGUUUCUGAAGCUGGUGACGUACGGGCUGGUGCUGCACCCGGGCGCCUUCCUGCGCUCCGCAUUCAACGUCCUCGACAUGCUCGUUGUCUGCGUCUCGCUCAUCUCUAUGAGCUUUAAGUCUGGCAGUAUAUCUGUAGUGAAAAUUUUGCGAGUGUUCAGGGUGCUUCGGCCUCUUAGGGCCAUCAACAGGGCCAAGGGCCUUAAGCACGUUGUUCAAUGCGUGAUCGUUGCCAUCAAAACGAUUGGCAACAUAUUAUUGGUAACAUCAUUACUACAGUUCAUGUUUGCUGUCAUGGGAGUUCAAAUGUUCAAGGGCAAAUUUUUUAGAUGUAAUGAUAUUUCUAAGAUGACUAAGGAGGAGUGUCAGGGGACGUAUUUAGUAUUCGAGAAUAGGAACUAUGUAGUAAGAGAUAGAGAAUGGAGAAGAAAUGAUUUUCAUUUUGACAACGUGAUGAAGGGCAUGCUUACAUUGUUCACUGUUUCCACAUUUGAGGGAUGGCCAGGGUUGUUGUACGUAUCAAUAGAUUCGAACGCGGAGGACCGCGGCCCUAUAACUAACUUCCGUCCAAUUGUUGCAGCCUACUAUAUUAUUUAUAUUAUUAUUAUUGCCUUCUUCAUGGUCAACAUAUUCGUUGGUUUCGUCAUAGUGACAUUCCAAAACGAGGGUGAACAGGAGUACAAGAAUUGCGAACUCGACAAGAACCAAAGAAAUUGUAUUGAAUUCGCGUUAAAAGCAAAACCCAUUAGAAGGUAUAUCCCAAAACAUCGUAUUCAGUACAAAGUAUGGUGGUUCGUGACGUCACAGCCCUUUGAAUACGCCAUCUUUGUGCUCAUCAUGAUCAACACCAUCACCCUCGCGAUGAAAUACCACAACCAGUCAGCAGAAUACAGCAAAGCAUUGGAUCUCCUCAACAUGCUGUUCACAGCGGUCUUCGCGCUGGAGUUCAUAUUUAAACUGGCUGCAUUCAGGUUUAAGAAUUACUUCGGCGACGCGUGGAACACCUUCGAUUUCAUCAUAGUCCUCGGAAGUAUCAUUGACAUUGUUGUAUCACAAGUAAAUGAACUUAAAAACCAGGGUAGUGGAUUGCCAAGAGCACAUGUUGUUAAGGAGUCUUCGAUACCAUCGAUAAAUUUCUUCCGACUGUUCCGUGUAAUGAGACUGGUCAAGUUAUUAUCCCGAGGUGAAGGCAUUCGAACUCUACUGUGGACGUUCAUAAAGUCCUUCCAAGCUCUGCCAUACGUCGCAUUGUUGAUACUUAUGUUGUUUUUCAUUUACGCUGUUGUUGGGAUGCAGGUAUUUGGUAAGAUAGCGAUCGACGACGACACUCCGAUCACACGCAACAAUCAUUUCCAAACGUUCCCGCAAGCCAUCCUUGUGUUGUUUCGCUCUGCCACUGGAGAGGCGUGGCAGGACAUAAUGAUGGGCGUGUCGCCGGAGCCCGAGGUGCGCUGCGACCGGAACUACGCGGACGAGGGCGAGGGCGCGGGCGAGGAGGAGGGCACGUGCGGCUCCGUGCUCGCCUUCCCCUACUUCAUCUCCUUCUACGUGCUCUGCUCCUUCCUGAUCAUCAAUCUAUUCGUAGCAGUAAUUAUGGAUAAUUUCGAUUAUUUAACAAGAGACUGGUCAAUUCUGGGACCACACCACUUAGAUGAAUUUAUAAGGUUAUGGAGUGAAUACGACCCGGACGCUAAGGGUCGGAUUAAACAUUUAGAUGUUGUCACUUUGUUAAGAAAAAUUAGCCCACCAUUAGGUUUCGGCAAACUUUGUCCUCAUCGUGUGGCAUGCAAGCGUCUCGUCAGUAUGAACAUGCCACUCAAUUCUGAUGGCACUGUCCUCUUCAAUGCCACUCUCUUCGCUGUCGUCCGCACUUCAUUGAAAAUCAAAACUGAUGGUAACAUCGACGACUGUAACACGGAGCUGCGCGCGGUGAUAAAGAAGAUCUGGAAGCGAACCUCCCCCAAGCUGCUGGACCAGGUGGUGCCGCCGCCGGGAGACCCCAACGAGAUCACCGUCGGCAAGUUCUACGCCACCUUCCUCAUACAGGACUACUUCAGAAGGUUCAAAAAACGUAAGGAACAAGAGAUGCGUCAAAGCGACGAGCAGAACCACCAGAUGACGCUGCAGGCGGGGCUGCGCACGCUACACGAGGCCGGCCCUGAACUGAAGCGCGCCAUCUCCGGGAACCUGGACGAUAUCGCCGCGGAUACUGACGUGCCUAUGCAUAGGAGAAAUCAUUCAUUAUUCGGCGGUGUUUGGUCAAGUAUACGAAGACAUGGACCUAAUAAGCAUUUCAAUCGGCACAGGAAACCGGGAGAGGGUCCAACAGAAGCCGUUGGUAAUCAUCUAAGUUCAAUGAUGCAGAAGGAAUAUGGAGUAGGGCCGAUGCCUCUUGCACCGAAUUUGGCUAACGGGCAACCAAAAGAACAGAUACCACUGAGACCGCUAAUACUAAAUGGAGAGUCGGAGAAAAUAUACCAAGUGCUUGAAAGAACAACAAACGAUCUUAAGAACGCUAUUUACAAAGGGGGAGAUAACUGCGUACGCGGCGUGGUGUCCCUGCCGGGCAGCCCGCGCGGGAACAGCGUGUCCGUGCCCGUUGUGGGGUCUGCAGAGAGUCUCGUCACCAGGGUAUUAGCUGAGCAAGGCCUCGCCGCGUACUGCGACCCGGAGUUUGUGCGGAACACAUCUAGAGAGAUGCAAGAAGCACUCGAAAUGACACAAGAGCAAAUGGACAGAGCCGCACAUCAAUUGAUGAUACAAGAGAGAAAUUUGAAACAAGCGCACAACCAACAGCCACAAGUUGUUAAUACUUGGGCUGUUAUAGGGCGAUAUCCUAGCUCGCCAGUACCACCCCUUCCACCAGCCGGCCGCGAUGCCGCCCGCCUUCAAGCGGUUAUAGCACCAGCCGCGCUCUGCACCGUGCGCGCAAGUGACGUCACGCAACAUGGCGGCCACGACGCAAGUCACGGACGUCACAGCUGUCAAGUCGCAGACAAAUGUCACUGUCACACGAGGCGGCACAGAAGAAAACGCAAGCGUAAACCGGUGCUCGUUUAAAUUAAGUAGAGUUUUGUACUACACCGUUGUCUGACACAUUAACGAUGCUCAAAUUUUUAUUUAUUUCCUAUAUAACCUUAGCCUUUUUGGAGAAUUUAAAAAAGUAUUCGACCAUACAAGACUAGGAGCUAUUAACAAUGAUAACUGUGUAUAUCACAGUGAAAAGUGAGAUUUCUAGUGCUGUAGUAUUAGUUAUAUUGUGGAUGGGCCACUAAAUUUAGUAAAACAACAAGUACAAUUAAACUAUAGUUUAUAGUUUACUGCAGAAUCAUUGAAAAAUCACCUUAUAUUGGUUAAGAUUGUAUAAUGAAUUGAUAAUGUAACGGAAUUUAACAGUUUGAAACUUUAUCCUUUCCUUGCCUUUAUAAUGUUAAAUUUAGCUUUAGAACUUUGGAACCUGAGAGAAUUUGUUCUAUACGUUGUUAAAGUAUUAAAAGUAAGUAAAGAGAGUUUUCGAAACAUUAAUUGCAUAAAGUAACGAUAUAAUGUUGCCCGUUGGUCCGAUCGGAAAAUAAUACCAUUAGGCAGAUCAGUCCAACGGGAAAUACUAAUCAAAUCUACGGAAUCAUAAUUCUGUAAGAUAAUGUCUUUAUUAGUACGCAUAUUACCUUUUAAUACCAAUUUUGUAUAAUUCUUAAUUAGGGUCCCAAUCUAUCCGAAAGACAAUAUUACAAUCAAAGACUUAUCCAUUUAUCCUUCAAUAUAAGAAUUAGUUAGGUUUUUCUGCCGAAACAAUACACGAAAAUAUGUUUUCGUCGUUAACUACGGAAGAGAAUGUGUUUAUCUCACUGGUCGGUAUAAAUGGAUAGGUUUAAAUUCCAGCGAUUUCUUCAUUACAAUUUAAAUGCGCCUAUUAUUGACAGCUAAUUCUAUCCCUACGAUUAGGUCCAAUUUUCGCCACCGCAACCGCAAAUACGUAGAAAGUAAUAUCUUAUAUCCUGUCUAUUUAUAGAGAUUGGUAGCUUGUAUGUUUCGGCACAGGAAACCAUAGGAUUCAAAUUUAAAAGAUUGCUUUUUCUUUUCUAAAUUCAUUAGAAUAUUUCUGACACACUUCAUGAAUAGGGUCUUAUAUUCGAACAAGGAUGUCUAGCCCAGUGAGAGGGUAUCGUUUACUUCUGUCAGAAAAUAUGUAAAAACCACAUCUACUACAUAUAAAAUACUAUAAAAAGAAGGCGUUAGUGAGUCGUCAUAAUUUAAUUCCAUUUAUGCCCACCGGGCCAGAUAUCUUGUAAUAAUUCUUAAAAGACAAAAGUCAUGAUAAGAUUUUUAUAAAAUGUAUAAGAUUCGAAUAUUCUAAAAAAUUUUUACACCCGUAAUUUUUCAAUGUAACUUUACCGUAUUAGUUUUAAGCCCCUAGUAAGUGCCCUUUAAAUUCGGUAUAUACGAUUUAGUAAGUAUUUCAUUCUACGAAAAAGGUUACGUGCUUAGAUGUAACUAUUUUCGUUGGAUGACUCGAAUUGUGACUCCUAUGUCCAUACAACCGUGAACCACAUUCCUUAGAAAUAAGUAAUUUCUAACCAACUCCAUUAUUUUAAAUUUGGAACGUUUUGAAUUUGUUUUUUCUUUUUUCAAAAUCGACAAAGGUAUUAAUGAC